AUGGGCCGCUACCGCAUCCACGUGGCCACCGGGGCCUGGCUCUUCUCUGGGUCCUUCAACCGCGUGCAGCUGUGGCUGGUCGGGGAGCACGGGGAGGCAGAGCUGGACUUGUGGCUGCAGCCAGUGCGGGGCCAGGUGGAGGAGUUCGAACAGGACGUUCCCCAGGACUUGGGGCCACUGCAGUUCGUGAAGUUGCGCAAACACCACUCCCUGGUGGACGACGCCUGGUUCUGUGACCGCAUCACCGUGCAGGGCCCAGGAGCCUUAGAGGAGGCUGCCUUCCCCUGCUACCGCUGGGUGCAGGGCGAGGGCGUGCUGACCCUGCCUGAGGGCACCGCCCGCCUGGCAGAAGAGAGUACCUUGGACGAGUUCCAGAAGCAUCGAGAGAGAGAACUGAAGGAAAGACAGCUGAUCUACUGUUGGAGCACCUGGAAGGAAGGAUUACCCCUGACAAUAGCUGCGGACUCUGAGAAGGAUCUGCCCCCAGAUAUGAAAUUUCAUGGUGGAAAGAGGCUGAACUAUGAAUGGACAGAGAAGACAGGGUUACUGGAGAUGAUCCUCAAACGUGUUUACACCCUCCUGAACUCCUGGGACAGCCUAGAGGAUUUUGAUCAGAUCUUCUGGGGCCCCAAGAGCACUCUUUGUGAGAAGGUUCACCAGCGCUGGCAGGAUGAUGAGCUUUUUGGCUACCAGUUCCUCAAUGGCGCCAACCCCAUGCUGUUGAGACGCUCCACCUCUCUGCCUUCCCGGCUGGUGCUGCCCUCGGGGAUGGAGGAGCUUCGGGCCCAGCUGGAGAAAGAACUCCAGAACGGUUCCCUAUUUGAAGCUGACUUUAUCCUGCUGGAUGGAAUUCCAGCCAACGUGAUCCAAGGAGAGCAGCAGUACCUGGCUGCCCCCCUCGUCAUGCUGAAGAUGGAACCCAGUGGGAAGCUGCUACCCAUGGUCAUCCAGAUCCAGCCUCCCGCCAUACCCCCAACCCCACCAAUAUUCCUGCCCUCAGACCCUCCACUUGCCUGGCUCCUGGCAAAGACCUGGGUCCGAAGUUCAGAUUUCCAAUUGCACGAGUUACAGUAUCACUUUCUGAACACUCAUCUGCUGGCUGAGGUCAUCGCUGUGGCCACCAUGAGGUGCCUCCCAGGACUGCACCCUGUCUUCAAGCUCCUGAUCCCACACACCCGCUACACCAUGGAGGUUAACACCCGAGCACGGACACAACUCAACUCAGAUAGUGGAAUAUUUAAUCAGGCAGUGAGCACAGGUGGAGGGCCCCAUGUGCAGUUUUUUCAUCGGGCCAUGGCUAAGCUGACCUACCGCUCCCUCUGUCCUCCUGAAGAUCUGGCUGACCGGGGCCUGCUGGGAAUCCCAAGUGCUCUCUAUGCCCAUGAUGCUUUAAGGCUCUGGGAGAUCAUUGCCCGGUACGUGGAAGGGAUCAUCCACCUCUUCUACCACGGGGAUGACGCAGAGCCCCUUGUCAGCCUUGCAGACACUCUGCCCAGAGCCCCUUGUCAGCCUUGCAGACACUCUGCCCAGAGCCCCUUGUCAGCCUUGCAGACACUCUGCCCAGAGCCCCUUGUCAGCCUUGCAGACACUCUGCCCAGAGCCCCUUGUCAGCCUUGCAGACACUCUGCCCAGAGCCCCUUGUCAGCCUUGCCCUUCCGGGGACAUGAUCCCAAUCUCUCAUCACCCUCUCGCCCUCCACACAUGAAGCAUAUGAAUACCAUUCCCACCUCCUAA